AUGUAUAUAUAUGUUCUCACAUAUAUUUGUGUUAAGCUGUUCUCAUUGACAUGUUUACAUACAUAUAGAUACAUAAGUUGUUCUGUCGACCAAAAAUUUUCAGAGAUAAUAGAAGUCUUUAUAAGCUCACAUUGGCACAUGCCAAUGGGGUUGGUGACCCAUUGGUAAGGUCUUUGACCUUGGGAGGAUCUACCUGGGUUCGAGUCCCACUUCUCACAUUUGUGGGGGUGGAUUAAUAUGGUGGUUUUCAAGAGUCCUGGUUUCUAGGCAUAUGUGUAAUUUAAGAGUAGGAGUAGAGUAGAUUGCCGUUCCCAAAAAAAAGCUGACAUUGGCACAUGUCAAGAAUUAAUGAAAAAUUGUGUAUGUUAGGGAUGGUCCUUGUAACUUUUGAAAGCUAGGGAUAAACAUUGUUAUUUCCUGCAAACAACGCGGACCAUCCGUGUUGCGAAAAAAGUUAAGGAAUUGAAACGAUAAAUGUUGGAAGUCUGAAAAAAACACUUAUCGAUCCACACAUGUUAUCUCGAAAUUGAAAAACAAAAAGGAAAAAAGAAAGUUUUGCCCAAUAUGUAUAAAAUAAUAAUACCAGCUACAAUGUCAUUUUUUAUGUUGGAAGUAUAUGCAGGGAAUAGAAGCCAUUUAAUAUUAUCCUCUUCAAGUACGUAUAUAUGUCCAUGCAAAUUUGAUCAAAAAGAGAAUAACAGAUAGAUAUACACAAAAUAUACAAUACACAUCCAUAUCUAGUGAGAAAGAUAUAGAGAGAAAUGGAUGAGCACCUCCUUGCCCAUCAAGAACACCACCAUCAUCAAGAAAAUCCUAUCCCUACAUCUCUUCUAAUUUCUCUAUAUGUUGGCCACUUCUUAGCCAGAUGGGGUGCCAGGAUGUGGGAGUUUUCGGUCGGGUUGUAUAUGAUAAACAUUUGGCCCGAUUCAUUGCUUAUGGCUGCAGCCUAUGGGGUGGUCGAAUCAGCAUCGACCACCUUAUUUGGUCCCCUCGUCGGCCAAUGGAUUGACAACUCCUCGUAUCCCAAGGUUCUAAAAUUUUGGCUAUCAACACAAAACCUCUCAUUUAUCCUUGCGGGAGUCUCAGUGGUCGGACUUUUAAUCUCUCCGGACUUGCGGUUCACCAAUGUCACUGUAUUUUAUUUACUCGUUGUGUUGACCAAUCUAUCUGGAGCAGUUGCUGUUCUUUCAACUCUUGCGGGAACCAUCUUGAUAGAAAGAGAAUGGGUUGUGGUAAUAUCAGAAGGGCAUUCUGCAAACUUGCUAACAAAGUUGAAUUCCAGAAUCCGUAGAAUAGAUCUAAUAAGCAAACUAUUUGCUCCAGUCGUCACAGGAUUCAUCAUUAGUUUCGUGUCAAUGAUUGCUUCAGCCGUCAGUUUAGCAAUCUUCAACAUACUAUCGGUUUUCUUGCAGUAUUGGCUCUUAAACUCUGUAUACAAAGGGAUCCCAGCUCUAACAGAAAGCAGCCGCAAGCGGGGUCUUAAAUGCACCAGACCAAAUGAUCAAGAAGAAGGCCCAUCUACUUCUCAUGACCCAACUAGCCGACAUCAGGAUACGUAUGAUCGUUUAGAAGAUGUUUGUUCUUGUAACCCGAUGGUUUAUCAAUUGGUUAAAUGGGUAUCUGAUAGUUCAUUUAUUCGUGCUUGGCGAGUUUAUCUGCAACAAGAUGUUGUUCUACCAGGAUUAUCUCUAGCUUUACUCUAUUUUACAGUUCUCAGUUUUGGGACUUUGAUGACUGCAACUUUGGAAUGGGAUGGAAUUCCAGCAUACAUUAUUGGAAUGGGCAGAGGAAUAAGUGCAAUAGUUGGUAUUUCGGCCACAUUUGUGUACCCUUCUAUGGAGACUCGAAUAUCGACACUUCGAACAGGACUUUGGUCAAUCUGGUCACAGUGGACUUGCCUCUUGGUGUGUGUUGGUUCAAUAUGGGUUAAAAACAACACGGCAUCGGCAUACUUGUUGAUGGCUGGAGUAGCAGUGUCACGUCUGGGCCUAUGGGUGUUUGAUCUAUCAGUCAUUCAACAAAUGCAGGACCAAGUUUCUGAAUCUGAUAGAGCUGUUGUUGGAGGCGUUCAAAACUCGAUUCAGUCUUUCUGGGAUUUGAUGACGUAUAUUAUGGGGUUGAUUAUCUCCAAUCCACAGGAUUUCUGGAAGUUAAUCUUGGUUUCGUUCGGGUUGGUAACCAUAGCAGCAAUUAUGUAUAGUAUGCACAUAUAUCGAGUUAGGAAACACUUUUUUCACUUUGAGAAGUUUCUCUUGUGGUUUCAUUAAUUUGUAAUAAUCAUCAAUUGUAACAAAAAUUCUUAGCAACAUGAGAAAAGAUACAUCAGUUCAGUACAACGAUAUUUGAUUGUGGAUUCAACAUCAACA